CCCAAAUCCCAAUUAAUGUCGAUUCCAGAGCUCGUGGGCCAGGCUAGGGCUCUUUUGCAGACACUGCAGGCAGAAAAGGCUUUAGAGUUGCUCCAGCCUUCUCUCGAGUCACAGGCUCAGAAUGUCUCGUUUCUUCAGAUCUAUGGAGAGACUCUCUUGGAGAAUAACGACUUAGAGACGGCAUACGAUGUUUUGGCUAGAGCAUGUGAGCUUGAUCCAAGUGCAGAGGCUGGAUCUGAGAAGUUCUUCUAUUUGGGACAAAUGGUAGGCGGUGCUCAAGGUCUCAAUGCCUUGGACAUUGGACUUACUAAGUUGAAGAACCAAUUGUCAUUGGAUUCUUUGAUUUCGUACUUAAUCAAGAAGUUGAAUCAGGGAAUAUUUGCCGAGAUCGAGAUUUGGAUGACAGACAUGUGUAUGGAGGAAGAGGCUGAAUCUAAGUGCGACGAGCUCAUUGACUAUUCCCUUUCUCUCGACGUCAACAACCCCGAGGCAUUGUCCUUGUUAUCAUCAAUUCGUAUUUCUCAACAAAGAAAUGACGAUGCCAAAGAAUCGUUGUUGAAGUCGUGGGACUUGUUUAGAGAAAAGAAGACAAGACUUGAAGAAUCAGCCAAUAAGAUUCAAUCUGGCAAUGAAGCUUCCAACGAAGAUGCUUUUGAAGUUGGCUUAGAAUACGUAGAGUUGAUCCAGCCCUUGUUGACAUUAGCUCGUUUUGCCAUAGAACUCGAGCUCUAUGACACUGCUGCUACUAUCGCUUCCAACACUCAGGAUAUCAACGAAAGCAUCUUGGAUGCAUACUACUACGAAGCUCUAGCCUACUUGUUUAAUGCCCGAAAGCUUUUCUCAGGAGAAACCACAACUAACGAAGAAGACUACAGAGACAUUGAUAUAAAGUUGCUUAAGAAAUCAGCUUCUGCUGAAGUCAAGACCUUGUUGAACGAAGCCAAGAGUUCUUUGACUCAAGGAUUCAAGAUCAUAAAUACUGAUGCUGUUGCUGAAGCAGACCCUGGCUUAGUUGAGCAAGUUCAGGAAUUGUUGACCGCCUUGGGAGGUCCUGUAAUGAGUGAGUUGAUGCCGCAGAGAGGCGAUGUUGAAGAAGAAAACUGGGAAGAUGAAAUCAACAGCGAUGACGACAAUUAG